AGAAAGGCUCCCGCUCAGUGCAGGAGUGUCAUGUCCCAGCUGCGUUUCUGGGGCCCAUGGCCCCUCUUCACAUGGCAACUAUUGUGGCUACUAGUCAAGGAGGCUUAGCCUCUGGAGUGGAUCAAGGACCUCUAACCCCCUGCAGCCGACUGAGCCCUGGUCUUCCGGCUCAUCCUAUCUCCCAUGGGAAUCUCCCCAUGCACUUACUCCCCUGGCAGAACCGGGGGCUUUGAUUACCUGGGGCCCUCUGCUUCCUCGCAGAUGUCAGCCCCACCCCAGAAAUUGACUGAGAAUUUGGUUCGGUUCCUGGACAUGGAUUCAGCUGGAGAGCUGCCCCGCCCCCCAGCCAGAGCAGUUCUUGGCUGCACACCAGAAUCUAAAUGAUAGACAGACUGGACAAGAAAGGCUCCCAAAGGUGGUUCCAAUGCUCAGCAUCCAAUGUCACCCAGCGUUACAGUUGAACCUUUGGACCUGUGACUUACCAUCACUCCAGAACCCACUAUGGAGGUGGUUCCAAUGCUGGACUGGGAUCAGAACCAGACCCUAGUUCAGCCUCCUCACCUCAAAAGUAAGGUUCAAACUGCAGAUCUAGAUCAGGCAGAUGAAAUACUUGCUCCACCUCUAGACAGUAAGGAUUCAAAAGCAGACAAGUUUAUUGUUUCUCCCAAGAACACGAAGAAAGAUCUAGCUCAGCGUCGGAAGCUUGCUAACGUUGUUGGAACUCCACACCGAUUUAUAUCAAAACCUCAGCAGAAUGAAUAUUCACGUAUGGAUAUACUGUAUCCCGGCUGCCUGCCCAGAAAUCUGGGUGAACCCAGAUGAGCCUCCAGGACUCCCUGAGCAAGUUGGACUUUGUCAAUUCUGUCUAGAACCCAAAACUCAAACUGCAGAGACCCUUGAAGACAUCCAGUCCUCUUCACUCCAUCAAGAAGCCCCAGCGAAGAUUCCAUGGCUCUCUGAGGAGGUAGAACCUUCUCUAACCCAUCAGGAGGCCCCAGCUCUGCCUUCACAGUCGCUUCAGGGGGUCCACUCUUCUUCAACAGAGCAGGAGACCCCAGCACAGCAGCAACCUGCCUCUGAAGAGACUGUAGCUCCGCCAUUGAUACAUCAUGAGGUAAAUGUUCCAUUGAAAAGUUAGAGUGAAACUCAGCACUCAUGCUUGCCCAGUGUCACAGUGAAACCUGUGGAUGUGGAGCUUGUGGUAACUCCAGAGCCAGGUAAGGAACUUACAUCAAGCCAGGAACAGGCCGCUGCUCAGCCUCCAGAGCACCCCGAGGAGGUGGACUUUUCCUCAACCCAAUUAGAGGCCCUAGCUCAGACACUAGAGUACCCUGAGGAGACGAAACCCUCUGUAACCCAGCAAGGGACCCCAGCUGAGCCUCCAGGUCCUCCUGUAGAGGCUGAACCUUCCCCCAGUGAGCAGAAGCAGCCAGCUCAGCCUUCUGAGUUUCCUGGGGGGGUUGAAACUUCUCAGACCCAGCAGGAGGCCCCAGCUCAGCCUCCAGAGUCCUCUAUGGAGAGUCUAGCUCAAACUCUACUGAAUCAUGAGGUAUACUUCAACCUCCAGGUGAGGAUCAAGCUCAUUAUAACUUCCCCAACAUUACAGCUAAACCUGCAGAUAUGGAGGUUACCAUAACUUCAGAGCCUACCAAGGAGGCAGAAUCUACCGAAUCCCAGCAGGAGGCCCCAACUCAGCCUCCAGAAAAGGUGAAACCUUCUGCAAGCCAACAGGAGGCCGCAACUGGGCCUCCAGGUCCUCCUAUGGAGUGUGAACUUUCCCCCAGUGAGCAGGAGCAGCCAGCUCAGCCUUCUGAGUCUUCUGGGGAGGUUGAAUCUUCUCCAGCCCAGCAGGAGGCCCCAGCUCAGCCCUCAGAACAUCAUGAAGUCACAGUUUCACCUCCAGGUCACCAUCAAGCUCAGCAUUCAGAUUUGCCCAAUGUCACUGUGAAGCCUCCAGAUGUGCAGCUCACCAUAGCAACAGAGCCUACUGCAGAGGUGGAAACUUCUCCAGUCCACCAGGAGGCUACAGCUCAGCUCUCAGGGCCAGGUAAUGAUGUAGAACCUCCCACCAUCCAGUACGGGGGCCCACCUCUGCUUCCAGAGUCAUUGGAAGAGGCUGGACCUUCAGCAAUUCAACAGGAGACUUCAGUUCAAUCUUCAGAACCUAUUAAUAAUGAGAACCCCUCUCCAACCCAGCAGAAGGCUGCAGUUGAGCAUCCACAGACCCCUGAGGAGGUUGAGUCUUCUCUAAUCCAGCAAGAGGCCCCAGCUCAGACUCCAGAGCUCCCUAAUGUAGUUGUAGCUCAACCUCCAGAGCAUCAGGAGGUAACAGUUUCCCCUCUAAAUUGUGAUCAAGUUCGAUCUCCAACAUUUCACAAUGUCACUGUUAAACCUGUGGAUCACGUGGUUACCAUGACUCCAGAUUUCACUAAUCAGGUUGCAAUGUUAACCCAACAGGGGGCUCCAGCUGAGCCCUUAAUGUCCCCUGAGCAGUUUCAACAUUUGAAACACCAGCAAGAGAUUAUAAUUCAGCAGCUAAAUAACCCUGAAAAUGAUGAACUUAGUUCAAUCCAUCAAGAGCCCACAACUCAGCCUCCAACUCAGCUCUCCUCAGACUUUGAAAGUUCAUUGAAUGAUGAGAUGAUAUUUUCACCUCUAAAUCUAUCUUCAAUAUUCAGAAGUAAUUCAACUUUGCCUAAUACCACUGUUAAAAAUGUGGAUAUGGAGCUUACCCUACUUACAGCAGUCACUAUGGGGGUUGAACCUUCUCCAGUCCAGCAGGACAACCCUCCUAUUCCUAUUGAAGAGGCUGACUUUUCUCUAGCCCAGCCUGACCUCCCUUCCCCACCUCUGCAUUCCCCUGAAAAGACUGAAUCUCCAGUCCAGCAAGAGGCCACAGCUCAGACUUCAGAUUUCCCUAAGGAGGUAGAGCCUUCUCCAGUCCAGCAAGAGUUCCCAGCUGAGCCACCAGAGCCCCCUAAGGAGGCUGAACCAUCUGCAACCCAGCAGGAAGCCUCAGGUCAUCCCACAAAGUGCACUGAAGAGAUCAGUCCUCCACUGCAAUGGGAGAUAGCAGCUCAGCCAUCAGAGCCACCUGAGACGGUCGAGCUAUCUCCAGUCCUACAGCAGGCCCCAACUCGGCUUUUAGAGCCACCUAAAGAGGUAGAAUCCUCUCCAGUCUAGCAGGCAAUCUCUGCUCAGUCUUCAGACCCCCCCAUGGUGAUAGAACCCUCUCUGACCCAGCAGAUGGUCUCAUCUUUGCCUCCAGA